CGUUUCGCGGGCGGGGUGACAUCACUAUCGUUUUCUGGUUGUGUUGUGUCAGUCACUUACAGAAUGACGCAGUAGAAGGUCGUCUCAGAGAUGGCGAGCUUCCCAGUAUGAAAAUACAAUUUUAUGGCGAGGUAAAAAUAUUCAGUUUGGGAAAGAAAAAAUGUCUGCAGACUCUCCAAGGCGUGGUGUGCAUAAAGGAGUACAAGUUGUAUCACCUCAGCCAAUAGUUGAUCGUUCAAUUAUAGAUAGUGUUGCAGGAAUAAUUAAUGAUAUUGUUCCACAGGCUUAUACUGGCACACCAAAUUCUGAGAACAAAGAGUCUAUAUCAUGGGCAAGGUUUGAGUAUGCAGACAUUAAUGAUCCUACCCUGUAUCCAGACUACAAUGAAGGCUCUAAUACACCACCUUUAUUAUUGGUACUUGGCUAUACAACUGGAGUUCAGGUAUGGUUAAUAGCAGCAACUGGAGAAGGAACUGAAGUGUUAUCAUGGCGACAAGGUGUUGUUCGUACUCUGAGAAUUUUACCAAAUCCAAAGACUGAUGAUGAACAUGUUGAUUUGUUUGAAUUGAAACGGCCAAUGGUAGCAAUAUGUGAUUCAGCUGGACCUGGACCACAAUUUUGCAACAUUAGUUUCAUUUCAUUAAAAACUGGGGAACAAGCUAAAAGCAUAAAAUUUAAAAAUCCUGUUUGUGACAUUUUGGUAAAUAAACGAUCCAUAGUAGUAACAUUUUUAGAAAAGAUCGCGGUAUUCGAUGCUCGAACAUUGGAAGAUGUAUUAACAGUUACUACUUGCUAUGCCAGUCCUGGUCCAAAUCCAAAUCCUGUUACUUUAGGCACAAGAUGGCUUGCUUACAGCGAAAAAAAGUUACUACCAGCAAAAAGAAGUAGCGGUGGUUGCGAAAGUGAAGGAGUUCAAAGUUAUACAGCAACUGUUCUAUAUGCGGCAAAAUCUUUAGGAAAAGGAUUGCGUGGUUUAGGAGAAACAGUUGCAUCCAGUUUAACUGGCAAUUCAGUAUCACCAGUAGUCAUUAAUAAUACCAGCAGUGAUGUAACUCAACCAGGAGUGAUUACGAUAUUAGAUCUCCAAGCAGCAAAAGAGGAGAAAGAAUUAGACGAUGCGAAUAUAGAGACUGUCGUUGCUCAUUUUACUGCCCAUAGUGAUGCAAUCGUUGCUAUGACUUUUGAUUUAAGUGGUGCAUUGCUAAUGACCGCUGACAAAAGGGGGCAUGAUUUUCAUGUAUUUAGAAUUCAGCCACAUCCAGGUGGCCCCACUUUGGCAGCAGUACAUCAUUUGUAUAUUCUACAUCGUGGAGAUACUACUGCGAAAGUGCAGGAUAUGGCUUUUUCGAGUGAUACUCGAUGGGCUGCGAUAUCAACUGUGCGGGGCACUACUCAUGUGUUUCCUGUUGCACCAUAUGGUGGACCAGUAGGAAUACGAACUCAUUCCACACCUCAUGUUGUAAAUAGACUUUCAAGAUUUCAUAGAAGUGCAGGUUUAAUGGACGACGGCACCAGAUCUCAUUCUCCCGUAUCUCAUACAGAGUUGCCUUUAUCAGUGUAUCCAUAUUCUAACCCAAGACUCCCUCCGUACCCUCAUCCAACUGUACUACAUCCUCUGGCACAGAUACGACAACCAUCUUCAUUAAAUCACAUAAACAGUCAAGUUCAACAAAGCAGGCCACAGCAACGACAACGACUGCACUCGGACGAUAGUGGAACAUUACCAUUAAAAAUAUGUGCUUGUUUUGCACCUCCGAGAGCUUGGAUGUAUGCGCAAAGGGAAUCUACUGCAAAAGUUAUGAAGAGAGCAGUUGAUUCUUUGUUUAUUAUGGCAUGUCACGGAAAUAUGAUACAAUAUGAUUUAGAACCCAAACCAGCUGCAGGUAUACCAAAAGAAAAAGUAUGUGACGAUACGAUGAUAGAAUUAGAGGUCGAAGCCAAAGGUCAAUGGCCUCUUCUGAGAUCUCCGAAUUCUUUAGAGAUUGUACCACCUUUGCCAACGUCUAGCCCUUUACUAAAUGUCAAUAUUAUACCAAAAGACAUUCAAGAUGGCGAUUUAGCGGAGGAUCGUUGGUUAAGUCAAGUAGAAAUUGUAACACACGCUGGUCCACAUAGGCGACUUUGGAUGGGACCUCAGUUUGUUUUUAAAACCUAUAAUGCAACUAGUGGAGCUACUGUGAAUCUUGUCGAAGCAGAGGCUAUUGAAAUUGGAGUAACCGGUGGAUCUCGUCCUGCGAGAUCAAAUCCAGUCAAUAUGCCGCAUGCUGCAUCCAGAUCAUUGGUACCUGUGGUCAUUGAUGGAUCAGGAAGCAGUUAUGAGCAGUCUCCAAGAUUUAUGGAAGCGUAUGGUGAUCCCUUAGAUAGUGAAAAUGCUGGUGUUGGCAGUGGUGAAAAUCAAUUGAGGGAAGAUUUGGCCGAAGCUAUGCUAGAGACAUCGAUCGCACCACACCGUGCUCCAGGGAGGCGAUCGGUAUUUGAGAGGGUGGGUCAACCGGUAACUAAAGUCGUCAACCCUCUGGGCACCGUGAUUACUGUAUCGGCCGAUGAGGAGGACAUUAACUCCAGUCAGGAGUUCGAUUUCGCGGAGGAGAGCCACGUGCCGGAACCACCUAGGAGCGUGUGCGCCGAAGAAGGUCCGGCUUCUCUCGGCGAUUUCGAGCCGGAGAGUCAAACUCUGCGCGAUCUCACCGAGAUCUGCGCGGAAAUGCGCUCAGCUGGCGAGCCUGCGAUCGACAGCGUGCCGGAUGAGAACAUCUAUGAGGUAAAGGAGAGAAAAGCGUUGUGCGUCGAGAUCGCUUCCAUUACGAACCCUGGGAACUCUACUAUCGAUUUCGAGAAAGAAGAAGCCUUCCGCGAUGUACCGACCAGCUUGAGUUUGUGCGUAGAACAGGGUGAAAUCCCCAGCAGUCCUAUGACCCAGGCAAAGGAAGCUGCUUGGUGCAGGAAAAUUGAUAAAAGGGAAGACAGAGGGGCUCACGAGAGGAACGUAUCCGAGGCACAGUACGUAGUCAACUAUGAUGAGGAUAAUGUAGUUUUGAUGGAAAAUAAGGUAGCUCAUGAAAAAAAGAAUACGUCGGUGCAUUGUAAAACUGAGAGUAAAAAAAUUUGCGAGUUUGAAAAGGUUGCGAAGAAGUCGGAGAAGAUCGGGUCCUCUGCAUGCUCUAGUAAACGAACCGGGACUAAGAAGUAUAUUCUAAAAGAACACGGAGAUAGUAUCAUUAUUGAAGACAUUACUUGCGACGAUUCUAGUAAUAAUUGCAGCCAGAAGGAAGGAUGCGAAAAAAGCGUGAUCGAAGAUACGGACAGUAAAAAUUCUGAAAGUAAAAGCAGAGAGUAUUCGAAAGAAACUGUAAUUGGGAAAUGUAAAAACAAAUCAAAGUCUUCCACGGCUCAAAAUUACAAAGAAAAAGUUGAAUUUCUUGUGGAAAGCAAAAGUUCGAUGAAGCAGGUAGAGCCGAUCAUAGAAAUGGAUGUUGUGAUCGAAGAAACCGGUAAGAAGGAAGAUUUCAAGCCGACUAUAAGUGCGGAUGUAUUAACUAAAGAAACCGAUAAAUAUAAAUCAUCGACAUCGGACUCGGAUUUCAGUUCCAGUGAAUAUCACAUCGUCGAUACACCUUGUUGCAAUAAACAUGGUGCUUCGAUUCAGUCCGACGAAGACAUUGAACAUAUCCAAAGCUGCGAGAUCGCUCAAUUACAGCAGGCUGAAUGCAUCGACAGCGAUAAAUGCGUGGACGUGAUAAGUUGCGCAGGUUCUUCGCCUGUUAUGCAGAGAAAGAACAGCAAGAAUACGAUAUCUGAUGACGAUAUAGAGUACAUACAUGCUUCUGAACUAGUAGAAACGUCUGACAAAAUUUGCAAAGAUGAUCCGAAGUUUGAAAUUAGUAAAGCUAGCGAUAUUGAAUCGACCACGACAAGGAGUAAACCUUCAUCGUCUGACGACGAUAUGGAACACAUACACCAUUCGGACGUCUAUGAUGUACCAUCUGAAAGAGCUAAGGAUGCGUGUGAAAGAAGUACGAAGGGAUCUCAGGAGAUUACAGCAGAAUCAGCGUUGGCAUCUAAGAAUGCCAAGAAGACAAAGGAUAUCGUGGUGAUCGAAAGCGACACAUCGGAUGCUGAUGUGACUGUAAUCUUUAAACCGGUUGAUAGUUGGAAGAAUAAGAGUACAGAGAGAAAAGAGGAAUUGGAAGAAUCUGAUAACGCGAAAGAUAUCCCGACUACUGAAAAUGUUAGUCCACUAAGAAAAGCUAAGGUUCGUUCUGCUAAAACAUCUCCUUCAAACGUCGCAUCCAAACGAUCGCAAGCAGGAAUCGAGAUAAUCGACAUCGACGCGAUGCAGAAAGCUGAGAUGAAAGUACUAAUCGAUACUACAUCCGUUUCUGAAUGUAAGAUCCUCGCUGGACCCGAGGUCUGUGGGACUCGUAUGAAGAGGUAUCGGAAAAGUAAGAAAGCCACCAACGAAAGCAACGUACAAAUUUCCGAAGCUUCCAUCGAGCCUGUAAAACCUGUCGAAGAUGUUUCGAAGGAAUCAAGCUCGCAAGAGCCGUUGCCUGAAUUUUCCUGGAGCGCUGUAGUAAAGAAGAAAAGUGGUUCUCCCGUGGCUGAGUCAGAAACGCGAGGAGAAGAUAAAGUCGAGGAUGAUAAGUUGAAAACUGAAUCGUUCAAUCCUAUCGAAGUCUCGUCGUGCACGCCUAUCUUGGAGAAAAUAGAGUCUUUGAAGAAGAAGAUACACGAAUCUUCGUUGAGAAAGAAUUUAGACAAAAAGAGUUCGAGUUCUCAGAUGGUAGACAAAGUUCGAGAGGGUAACUUGGAAUUAUAUCCUGAAGAGGAAAUUUCCUGGAGCUCUAUCGUCAAGAAGAAAAAUACUUUCUCUGCCGAGAAUGAGACAAAGAAGGAAUCUAACCUCGAUCCAAUAGCGGAAGACGCGAGUAAUGAAGAAAGGAAUAUUUGUCGAAAAGAGGAAUCUUUGACUGAUCCAUCCUUAACGAUGGCGAAUCAAUUGAAAGAAGCUGAUAAGGAAACAAUCGUGGAAGAAUCAUCUGUACAUGCAACAGAAGGCUCUGGGAGUUCCAUCGUUAAAAAAAAACCUGUUUCCACCACAGAAAGCGAAUCUACGAGAAAGAAAAUUGGUGAACAGAAAAUUCACAAAAAGCUGGAUCUACCGACCAAUUUGUCGGAAACUAAAAAUGAGCACGAGACAAACUCAUCUGCAAGUGAAAGCAUCUCAUCCGAGAAAGUUUCCAAAUUAGAAGCUGUAAGCCAGAUCGAUGAAAAAGUUCCAAACGAUUCAAACAAGUGGAAUGUCGGUGGACCGUUGGUAGGUGCAACGUUUACGAAAGAAGAUUCCUCGGAACCUGAAAGAGAUACCGAGCCAGAGAAGAGGAGCGAUUCGGAGCAGGAGAUCGUGCCUGAACGUUCGACUUCUUCGGACGAAUUGAACCCAAACGUGGUGCUCACAAACGUCGAAGGAGAGUAUUCGGGUUGUGAGACGGCUGAAAGGAGCGCGACGAAUACCUCGGUUUGCGCCACGUCCAAGAAAGGCAAUAGGUCGAAGAAAAAAAAACGCAGAUGAGUAGAGGAUUGCAUGGAUGUACCUAGGGCCAGCCUUGCCCUUUACAUACUCCUGAUGCAAGUAACUGGGAUUGAUUAGCAGGAGUAUAAACCGGGAACAAUUCGCGUUUCCGAUUUUCAUUCUAAUCAAGUUAGCAUGCUCGUUUUAUCGAAGAACAAUUAUCUUAGGAAGCACGUGUUAUAUAAUCACAUUUCACGAGUGGAGCAAGCUGUAGCUCCCUUUUCAUGGAACGACAAGCGUCUGGCAUCUUGUCAGAUUUGGUAUUUUUGAAAAUAUUUUCUAAAAAAAAAAAGAGGAAUUAUCGAACAAAUAGAAAUAGCAGUAGUAUAUAUAUGUUGAUUUAGUAACCGCGUUAGAAAAGAAUCAACAUGAAAGAACGUUCUAGAGGCACUCGAUGAAAUUUCCUAUGAUAAUAACAAGGGCAAGGCUGUAAUCAUUGGAUUUACGUCCAUUAAUAUUCGAGUUGAAUUUGUGGAACAAAUAAACAAUUGGAAACAAUACACACACACACGUGAGCGCGCGCGCGCGCGCGCACGCACACACAUACACAUACACGAUACACACUUAACACUCAGCCAACCGCGCGCGCCGCAGCGAGCUAUACGUUUUCACCGCGUUCGGAUAAGCCAAUCUAUACGCUGUCCAUCGCGCAUUUUUCCAAAUAUCAAGGACUAAUAUUCACUACUUAAAAAACAAAAAAGUCCAAAAGUUAUUUAAAUCGUUAAUUAUAUUUCGCGAUAACGAUUUUAUUUAUUUCACAUAUUGUUUAUACAAAAUAUUGAAUUAAAAGUAUAUAUUAAAAGUAUAAAAAAAUAUAGGUAAAAUUAAAAACAUUGAAGAUAACACGAGUUGAGGGUGAAAUUAAAAAUUUAUAAUGCAUUUUAAUAUUUUGUUGCAGUUUGGUAUCGUUUGAUUGUAACUUUAUUUAUUUAUAAUUGAUAGUGUAACUUGUUAAUUAAUUUUAAUACCACUAAAUUGGUGUAUUUUAUUAUUUACCGUACUUUAUAAAGUAGAAAAAGUGGCGCAAUUAAUUGGAAACAAUUCCAGGUAAACAAUAACUGAUAAUAACAAAAAAAAAAAAAAAAAAGGAAGAAAACACGUUGCUAAAGUCAAAAAGGAAGAUCUCUCCGUUCGAUCACGCAACGAUGUUCUUCACAGAGGGGAGAUCUCCCUAUUCGGUUGGUUAAGUGUUAAAAUAAGAAAAAAAAAAAACUUCUAUAUACAAAGUAUAUCAUAUGGGACCUACUUCAAGAGUGGGCAGAAGGCAUAAAAACAACGAGAAAGGUUCGUAUCAACGUAUGUUUUAUCUGACCUUGUUUCAAAUUUAUAGCCAUUUUUCGUUUUAAAUCCAUAACUGCCUGUCUUCAUAGAAGAUGGUCCAUACUCAAUGGCCAUCCUCGAUCUGUAUUAUUCGACGUACACGUGGAAUUUUUGAAAAAUUGCGAAAUUCUUUGACACGACGAAGAUAGUCAUUUCAUUGAACAGUUGUGGAUUAUUGAAAUGUUAGUAGCUAUAAGUUCGAAAGAAAGCCAGAUCGGACUCAUGUUCAUAUGUGAACUUUUUUCAUUGUUUUUGUGCCCCCUGUUCACUCCUGCAGUGGGUUCCACAUAUUGUGAUGCACCCUGUAUAUAUAAAUAUAUAUAUAUAUACGUACACAUAGAUAUCUAAAGGAAAAUCAAAACGAGAAAAAAAGAGAAAAAAAAAUGAAACACAUAUAGCGAUUUCUGUUCCGACUGCCUUACAUCGACGUCGAGUCGAACGAGAAUGCGUUGUACGUUGUCCGUGUGGUGCAUACGAGAAGUGUUCUAGCUUUUUAUUACGGUCGAGGAAAUUCAGAUGAAACGGACGAAUCGAUUCGUAGCCAUUCACCGAUAAUUUAAGCACUUUAAAUACUUCUUUAAUACGGCGACUGCCUUGCGUUUCGAUUAGUACUAUUAAAGGAUUUUCACGUUAUUAGUUCCAAGAAUCUUUAUUUAUAAAUGAUAUGAAACUUUCUGGAGAAAGAGAAUAGAGAAGAUCAAAAUUUUACUACUUUUUAUUGGCAAUAUAAUGAACAAAUUUCUUUAAUCUGAUAUAGUUUUUACGUAAUAAGUACGUGCAGCCCUAACGCAAAGAAUGUACAGUAGUAUUUUUAUGAAUAUAUUAUGUGCGAUAUACGAAACUUUUUAAAAUUUCACUAUCAUUGUAGUGACACCAGUAUCGUGAUUGCAUUUGCAACAUUUGAAAACCAAAUCAAUCCAAAGCUAUAUAUAAAAGUAACAAGACAUUUAUUACAAACAUAACACUUAGUAAAAAAUUACUAUGCAGUAUGAAUCAUGGUUUUAAACAUACAUUUAGUACUAAAGAUAUUCUCACUAAUUAUUGCGUCUUGUUAAUGACCGUAAUAAUCGUGUCUCAUUGCAAUGUUAAUAAAAUUUCAAAAUGUUUUUUUAUAAAACAUACAAUAUAUUCACAAAAAAGUUUCCAUAAGUGUUCAAAUAUUAUUGCGAGCUACUGUAGUUACAAGGACGGAAAAGUGGAAAUUCUCAUUCUAAAAUUGAAUUUUAAAAUUGAAUUUAAUUGCAUUCAUACGAUAAUGAAUAUAAAUUCAUUAUCAUCGGUGUAUUGCGUAUAAAAAUUGGUUAAACGUUGUCAUUUCCUAUUUUGCUAUCAAAAAUCUAUUAUUUAGGAAAAAUAAAGAGGAAAAGAGAAAAAGAAAAAAAAAAGAUAUUGAGAACUAAUAGCACGAGCAAGAUUGUAUACAUAUGAGUGGUUUAGAAGAAGCCGCAUUGAUCAACUCUGUAAGUUGAAAAAUAUAGAAAAGUGAUAUUAUAAAUACUGUUUCUUAGAUUUGCCUUAAAGUUUACUAUUAUUUGUGUCAUCUUCUUGUGAUAAAUGAAUUUAAGAAUUGAACAUUAAUCAUGAAUUUAUGUAGUGAAAUUAUAUAAAUUAACAAAAAGUGGAAUUCGAUCAGUGUGGCUUUUCACAGAUUCGUUAUAAUACACGUUUCGGUUUAGCACUAAGCUACUCGCAUUCGCCUGCAUACAAAAAUGUGUCCGAUCGAGAUCGUCGCGCUCGUCUCUAUUUUUUAUAUCCGCCGUCGAGACAUGCUUUCCAUGAAAGCCAUCCGUAAUAUAUUUUUACGGAUCCAGAGGAAAUUUGUUCGAACCGAUUAAUCGCGUUUAACGAAUGAAAACUUCCCUCUGGCUGUUCCAAGUUCUCCGGGAAUUUUGACGAUUUGUUUAUGCAACAGCCCUGUAUAUUGCUAAGUGAGAUAUCAAUUUCUAAUAUAGUAAAAGAUCGAGUUUCGCUAAGUGGUGUUCAGACUUGGAUAAAAUUAGCUGAAAAAUCGUUGUUCUUCGUUUUUGUCGAUUAUUAUAUCGACCGUCGUAUAUCCGUAGGAGGAAAUGGUCUUUGGUUGAUAUUCGUGGAAACUUUUUUUUCUCAAUGAAAAAAAUUCGUUGAUAACGCUUAGUUUAGAAACGGUAUCGGUAGAAUGAAACGUAUAAAAUAAGUGUUAUAUAUAGUAUACCAAAAUUGUAUUACAUUGCGUUAUACAUAUAUGCGUAUCUACGUAUAAAAAUUCGACUAUUUUGCAAAAAAAAUUUGCUUUUCAAUCCAAAGGAUUUUAAUUGAUUUGUGAUACAAAUCGUGCGAAACAAGCGAACAUUCACUGCAUAUUUUAUUGUAAAGAUCAUCGAUGGUAUAAAUUCAUAAUUCAUAUAAUGAUUGGAUGUUUGUCGUGUAAUAUCGAUGUGCGUAAAGUACGAGCGUAAUAAUUCUUGCAUCGUAUACGAACAAGAGUUUGUUGUGUAAUAUGGAUGUGCGUAAAGUACGAGAGUAAUAAUUCUUGCGUUGUAUACCAGCAAGGGUUUGUCAUGUAAUAUCGAUGUGCGUAAAGUACGAGCGUAAUAAUUCUUGCAUUGUAUACGAGCAAGAGUUUGAAAACGGAAACGGGAUUCUGUAUGUAUGUCAUAUCGAUUUAGAAUCUCGGUUCCAGUAUGCUAGAUAAUCUUUUCAUUUGUCGUACCUGGUUACGUACGCACGUUCUUAGUUAUCUUCAAAAGCUUUCGAAUUUAUAAUAUUUAAUAUCUUAAUAGUUUCCGUUCACUAAGGACGCAACAGAUAAAUUCAUCCCAUUGAUUCAAUUCUCGAGAUUACUACGUUUAUCGUGUGGUAGAUAUCAGUGGCUUCAGAAACUUUUUGAAAUUGUAAAUAUUCGAGGUUCUUGCUACAAUCUCUCGCCUCGAUAUGUUUUCGAUACAAUUUCUGCGUAGGUGUUAGAUCACACGAACGACAAAAUAGCAUAUAUAUAUUUUUGACACGUUUCAUCACAGAUAACUACCCUCUUUAAACCCGUAACCGCGAAUUAGGUGUUGCUAGGUAACUUUGGAAAAAAAGGAGAAAGAAUUCCUGAAGAGCCAAAGAUGGGUUGUAAUCGAUUAGUUGCAUAAGCGGAAACGUUAGUAGUGUGGGGACUAUAGUUCUAUUUUCAGCACUUUAAUAAUCCAAAUGACAUGCAAUUUCGCGAAUAAUACACCUUAUGCCGCAGAAUUGUUCGUUUAGUUUCACGGAGAAGAUGUUAGUAUCGCGGAUCCUUAGUGAAAAUAGGUAUCUUAGAACAAUUUUAACAAAUACACAAUAGCACUGUACAGUUGUAUUACGCGAAUCGAGAAAUGUCGUUAUUAUUUCUACGUUCUAUUUAAUACUUUCACGGAGAAGAGGUUCUCAUUUCAUAUAAGGUAUUUCGUAGUUGAUGGUAUAAUCGGCAAAGGGUUGAUUCUACGCGAAGAAGGGACUUUGUUUCCGAGAAAAUCGACUUAAAAUAUUUGCCUGGUAUAUCUGAGUUAACCUUCGCUUGAUUUUUAUCUAUGGAGCAAUAUUAAAUUCAUUGUGUAUUCCGAAGAAAUUAAAGGUAUCAUACAAUCAAAAUAUAUGAUUGUUUUAGAGUUGGAGCAAAAUUUUAGUUUAUCUUCUUGGCUUAUUUUUUUCAUGCAGAAUUACCGCUUUCUGAUUGUACCAACGAUCAAAGAAAAUCGGGAAGUCUUUGACCAAGAUCUUCGACUCUAUUACUUAGUUCAAUUCUUUUCUGUACGUUUUCCUGUUUUUUUUUUUUCUACAAGUAAACAUGUUUUAUUUAUAUGUUUUCUUUGAAGGGGCUUGGCCAAAAUCUCUGAUAUCUCUUCUUUCUUCCUUCCUUUUGUGUUCUUUUGCCUUUUGUUGAACAUUUUGAUCACCGAUCGGUUGAAACCACUCUCGUGUUUAAUAGAGAAUCAUGUGUCGAGCAACAAAUCGAUUGUUCGUUUAUAUAGAUAUAAAUACAUAUAAAUAUAUAUAUAUAUAUAUAUAUAACUUCUAACUCGUUAGAGUUUGUUGCUAGUACAAAUGGAAAACGAUGAGAUCUUUUCGGUGGAACGAACAAGGUCUCUUUUCGAGGAUUUAGCCGUGAGAUUUAGUACAAAGCUUCUAAUCAUCACUUUCGUCCUCGUAAAUGCUGUGAUUAUGUUUCGUGAUUCACUGUAUCUAUUCGCUGCUACGUCGAGGGAAACGAUAUUUCAUCAUAUUAUCCCCUGUUCUUUUUUUUUUCAUAAAGAAACAACGAACAAAAAUGUCGAAAAGUAGGUGCAAUGAUUUUAACGAUGAUAUCGUUCUUCAAGUUUAUUUUUAUUAGAAUUUCAACGACGAUUUCUUUAAUUCCUUUACUGAAGCAAGAAGUUUUCUUCACGAGUGUAGUAUGUAAAAAUGAUGGUAUGUAUUUAUUAAUUCGAGUUGGGGCAAUCAUUAGCAGUAACUUACUUAUAGUAAUUAUUUAUCACGUGUACGCUAUUCUUGGCGCGAUGAGUUGUUUUUGUUAACAUUUUUCUUGCUUCUUUUAUAUUUGUUCGAAUUCAUGUGGUCAACAUUUACAAAAGGAUUAACCUUGGUGUGUAACUCUAACUGAAAGUUACAAGAGACAGCAAUAUUAAUCUAUUUAUAGCUCUUUAUUUCUGGACGCUGUAACUCAAACAACAUUUACAUUCAAGGGCACAAUAAUAUUGACGUUCCCUUUUCUUUUUGCUUCACUAAAUUCUAUUUCCUUCGUAGCGGCGGUGUUCAGGUAACGGGUAUACAAAAGAAAGAUGUAGAGUUUUCCUAGAAGUGAGAAUUACUUCAACAUAUAUUACUUUUUACUGUCUGUUUUUUAUUCAUUUAUAUUACUAAAUGCAGUAAUUAUAGACAUAUAAUAAAAUCGCGAGUUUCUUCUAAAUCUAUGAUCUUCACUUACAAAAUCAUAACGUUGACUGCCAAUAACAAACAUGGUAUUAAAAAAAAAUAAAAAUUAGUUUUUAACAAGCGAUUUGUACUAAUCAGCAUUGAUACAUUAUACUACUCUUUGUUUCUGAUAUUCUUGACUCAUAUUCAUAUAUUAAUUUAAAAGUCAAUCAUACUUAUCAUGAAAGUGUUAAUGUUUUGUUAUAUGUAUAGCGUUUGAGGUCUUUGUUAAAGUAUAAUCUUUUGAGUGUUAUAUUUUGUUAUUACAUCAAUAUUUAAUCAAGUAAUAAUGCUCUUUGAAUAUAGAGAUGUAGUCAUACAAAUUUUGAUAUUUCUUGAUGUGAGCAGGUUUCCUUCAUUUAAUUUAUGUGAUGUUUUUUGUUACAUUUUUAACUUUUUAUGCUAACAAUCAUUUUUGUGGAUUAAUCUUGUGGAUAUGUGCAUCCUAGUAUUUUCUUCAUAAUCAAUAUAUUUAUAAAAUUAUCGCGAUUCUAUAGAAAUAUAAUGUAUAAAAAAAUAUUAAUCUUAUAAUGAAGUAUUAAAUACCAGAAUAUAAAUAUUACAUCUGCCAUAGGUAUAUAUAAUUAUAAAAAAUUAAUUCUAUUAUUCUGUGAAUAAUAUAAAAAUAAAUAACCUUGGCUGAUAUUAGGAAGAAUUUUGUCUUUAGACGCGUUUUAUGUGUUCAAUAUAAAUUACUCAAUGAAUAUAUAAUAUAAUUUACUAACUUGGUGAUAGAUUUUUAUUGUAUAUCGAAGGUAGAAUAUUUUUCGUUUUAUUUGUUUUCAUGUUUAUCGAAGAAGAUAUCUGUAGUUUGAAUGUUUCGUUUUGCAUUUCUUUAUAGCGACUAAUACAGUAAACGUAGCUGGUUGCUAGUUAUGAAAUAACUAAUAUUAAAAUUUAUUUUUCAAUCAAAAGUCAACCUAAUAUCUAUUAGGAAUAUUUUAGUAAUAUAUAAAUUCAUGCGACGCACGUGAUAAUAUUUCAAAAGUUGUUUUAUUAGUAAUUUAAAUUUCUAGGUACGUAGUUCGUAGUUGAACCUUUUAAAAUAAUCAAAGGCGAGCCAUAAAUGUCAUUUUUCUCAUAAAACGAGAAUAAUGAUUCUGUAUUGUGAAGUAUUAGAUGGAUUUACCGUUCGAUAACUAAAAGAGUUUGUGCUUCUCUCGACGUAGCAAAUGCAGUGUCAUCGAGGGCAUUCGUUGGUAUUAAAAAACGCAGAGAUUUCAAUGUUGGUGCAUACCACCAGAAUACUUUUAUUUUGUAUUAUAGAGGUUUCGUUAGAAUGCAAAGUUACACGUAUAAUUCAAGCGAAAGCGUAUUCGUCCCUUUAUCGAAUAAACUUAGGUACCAAUUGUCUGCAAAUCCUUGGAUCUUCUAUCCCUCCUUCGAUUUCCGCAAAAAGAUACGAAACUAUUUGAGUGAAUGCGUCGAAUUUAUUAUAAAUACUCACAACUUGAUACGAAAAAGAAAAAUCCGACGAAUUAUACACAUAGUAUCUAACAAAAUACGGAACGUUGUAUUUCUUGGUAGAACGCGUAACUCUUCUUUUUUUUGCAUAAAGUGUAUAGCAGACACACGACUCUGCUUCGAGCAAAAGAAUUAAUUUUUCGAGAGAAAAAAAGAUCACAAGUUAACACCAAAUUGUGAAUUUUUUUGCAACUUCCUUUUCUUCAUAUUAUAGUAUAACACACGUAUCUCUCUCUUUCUCUCCCUCUCUCUUUUCUCUCUCUCUCUCUCUCUCUCUUCUUUAUUUUCGCUACCUCAGCCACUCACUUUCAUCCCAUAUUUCUUCCGACGAAGAAAAAUGAUAGUAGUGUAUUUAUUUCGGCGAUUUAAUCCUCUAAACGCCGGUAAGAGUCGCGUGGACCGUAGAUAGCUUCGAGGAUUGUGUAUUUUAUACGUUAUAUAGAUCUAUGCGUGAUCAACACAUUGGCUGCUAUGAAGGUCUAUAGUUGUCACUGACCUUAUAAUCAUCAUUGAUUGUUAUUGGCCAUGUUGAGAUUAAUUACAGCUUUUAGGUGAAAUAAACAGUCAUAUUGGGAAAACCUUCGAUAAUUAUUCAAUGGUACAAUAUAAAGCACAACCGUCCCUUAAUUUACGCGAGUCUUUCUUUUUACGCGAAAGAUUAUAGCGCAAUUUACGCGGCCAGAAAAUAUAUUUUCCUAGAAGUUUAAAGGUAACAAGUGUAACUUAUUCUGUUGAAACGGGUUAGUGCUGUAUGAGAUACGAAUAAAAGUUCGUUACGUUGUGCUAGUCAUCAUACGUGUAUAUAUUUUUUCUUUUGUACUGAUAGACCUUAUUUACGCGAUUUUGGAUUUACGUGAAGACGAAUGCACAUUGAACGGAUACUCCGCGUGAAUCGAGGGACGGUUGUAUUAAACGAAUCGUGAACAGAUCGCAGAAUCUUAGUUUUUAAUAAAGCGAAAAAGUACAAAAUGUAACUAUUCGGCAGUCAAUGCGUUGAUAAUAACAUUUACCAAUUACUUAGAGUAAUAAUUAACGAUUUAUAAAUACAUAACAAUAUAACGAGAAAAUAUAAUUAUUUAGCAAUUGUUUUAGCGAAAUGCGUUUUAUGCGUAGCUUUCUUUAUCAUACGAACAAUGAAGAAUGUAAUUAUUAUACUCGAUGUAUGUGUACGUACGGAUUGUAAUAUCGUGUUUGUGUUAAUGUGCUAUCGAUUUUCGUCAUUGUUUUGCCGAUUCUAUGGGUUAAAAACAGAAAGUCAUACCAGGUGAUACUCUGCAACAACUGCCAAUCAGAGAACAAAUCAGAAACAAAUGGUACUAUUAAUUUAUCAUUUUAAGAGGUCCGAAACACGACACGUCGUAAUUAUUCUCCGGUCGUUAGAAGAUUAAGCAGCUUCGACGAAGUACUUAGUUUAAUAACCUUUCGCGAGAAAAGCCAGCAUCCGCGUAGAUACUGUGUGGUUCUUGCAUUACGAUCACGUGUGAUGAAUCUUUAGAUAAUCUUUAGAUAAUUACUGGAUUACGUGUAUUCGGAUAUUAUUUCCAUUAUAACUUUCGAAUUAGACUUAUUAAGCGAGUUUUAUGUGAUUGAGAAACCUAUGUUUUGCGAAUGACAUACGACUAACAAUAAGAGAUUCGAACGUUGUGUAAUAAUUUAAAGUUAAUGCCCAAUGUUCGUAGAAAAUUUGUAAAUUUCUGUCACGAACGUAUUUACUUUGUCGAUAGAGGAAUCUUAAAGAAAAAUUUUUCUGCGACAUAGGACAGGACAUUGAUCACUGCGCAAAUAUUUAUGAAAAUUUAAGAUAAGAAUAAAAUAAGACGCGAAACAUGCUAGAAACUAGUUUGCAUUAAGUCACAUGUAAAUCUGCUCUUCCUCGUAAAAUGAUAUCCCAUUUCGAUAGAUUGCUAUAUUACAGAGCACAAUAAACGAUAGAUAUCAACAGCAGAACUACCUAAGACUAAAAUAUAAAAUUUGUGUCAAAGAGAAAACAAAGAGGCGCGCUAAUGAAUUUACAAAAUUUCUAUAGAAAGAAUACGUAUUGCUAAUUUCGAUCAUUCUGGUAGUUUUGGAAUUAAUCGUGAUAACAGUGAUUAAUGUUUCAACCUGUUCUAAAUAUCCUACGAUCCAUUAGACGAUCAAUAGCGAUUUAGACGAAUGUUCACGCUAAAGAGAAAUUAUAUGAUUGAAUUGUAUCUAUUGCGUAUUUAAUGCGUCUAGCGAUUUUAUUGUAUAUUUUUACCUAACUGAAUCUAACGGUCAGUUUCAUCUUACGAGAAUACACGGAUCGUAUGUGGGAAUGUAAAAAAGAAGGAACGAGGAAAAAGCGAAAAAUGCGACAUUAUCGUUUUCAUUCGUUGUUGACAGCCAAAUAGUUGAGGUUGAGAUUCGAAUGCCCGGGGAAAAGAUUUAUUGUAAUGUAAAGUGCACCAUACACAUGCAUAUAUGUAUGUAUGUAAUUGUUUUUAAAGAUAAUUGUGAACAAAAAGAGAAGUAUAACAAAGAUAAACUGAUACGCAGAAUCUUUAUUUACGAAAAGGAGCAAUUCAAUAUUAUUAGAUUUAUAAUAGGGGAGAGCACAGAAGAAUCGACAGAAAUAAAAAUAUUAGCGUCACACUCAGGCUUAGUCUGCUUCAUUUUGGGAAGCUAUCAGCUUUUCAGCAUACUACAAUUUUGUCUUUCCUGAUUUUUGUGUCACCGUUGAUAAGAAGAAAUUCGAGAAUCCGUAAUUCAAUUUUGAAUGUAAACACACACUGUGUGUGUGUGUGUGUCGAUUAGUUAUCUAAAGCAAGUAUGUACAAAAUACACGUUAAUCGUGAUAUUACUUGAGAUAAAAUUUGAAUUCUAGUAAGUAAAAAUCCACUAACGAAUAAACGAUAGAACUACGAUUACGAAAAUAGAUCUCAGAAAAUUGAUUUUAAUAAAAUGAUAAUUACGAA